UGGGUUUGCGAACGGCCAGUGAUAAUUAUCGGGAAGGAGACCGGGUUCGGACAGCGAGUGCUCCAGUUCGGCAACGGACAGGGAAAUUGGAUAAUUGUGUCUGCCCCAAAUGAUACAGGAAAUGGGGGUCUUUAUCGAUGCAGAGCGAGCAAUGAUUCCUGCAACCCCAUUGGACCGGAAGACCCUGGAAACAACAGCCUGGUAACAGUGGCGGCAUCAGGAUCACAGCUUGUGGCCUGUGCCCCCAGUGUCCCUCAGCCCUGCGCCUCCAACUUCCACCUGAGUGGACGAUGCUACCUGUUCGACAAGAACCUUCACAUCGUGGAGACAGUGAUGCCGGGAAGGGAAGAGUGUCCCAUCGUCACGACUGACGUGGUCUUCCUGUUCGAUGGCUCCAACAGUCUGAAAAAGCGAGAUUUGGAGAACAACAAGCGAUUCAUGCUGCAGAUGAUGGAAGCUGCAGACAGGAGCACGAUGAACUUUGCUGUUGUCCAGUUUUCUACGCUGCAGAAGAUUGAGAUGGACUUCAAGCAGUUUACUGAUCCAAAAACUGAUCUGAAAAAGACCAUCAAGCAGAUUAAUUUGAUGGAGAGUGUGACGAUGACAGGCACAGCCAUUAAAUUUGUCACGGAUAAGGUCUUUACAAAGGAGGCUGGAGCCAGGGAGGAUGCUACCAGACUGCUCAUUGUCAUCACCGAUGGACUCCGGUCUAAGGGCGACCACGAUCUUGGAAAAGCCAUCGAGUCUGCCAAAGAAAAAGGGAUAAUUCGUUGUGCGAUCGGGGUGGGAGACAUGUUUAAGACAGACCCCAAGGCAGCAGAGGAACUGGAAAUGAUCGCCUCGUCCCCAGACUACCUGAUCAAAGUGAAGAGUUAUGAUGAUCUUCACAAUAUCUUCGAGGGAAUGAAGGCGAAGAUUUACAACAUCGAGGGGACACAGAGCUCAUCCAAUCAAAGUGCGUUUGAGCAGGAGAUGUCACAAAGUGGAUUCAGUGCUUUGGCCACAGGGGACGCCAUUGCUUUGGGCUCUGUCGGAUCGUUUGAUUGGUCCGGGGGUGUGAUGGAGAUGAAAGGGAACAAGUGGACUUUCCUGAACGUGUCGAAGUCCCACACAGACAUGAAAAAUUCAUAUCUGGGUUAUUCUCUGGAGUCUGCGUUCCAGCUCAAUCGGACCUCUUACAUAGUGGGUGCUCCACGAUACCGGCACAAAGGCAAGGUGGUGAUAUUCCAGAUGGAUGCCAAUGGGAGCCAAUGGGAGACACGGCAGCACAUCCUUGGGGAGCAGAUUGGAUCUUACUUUGGUUCUGAGUUGUGCACUGUUGAUCUGACUGGAGACGGAGAGACUGAUUUACUCCUGAUUGGAGCCCCACUCUACCAGGGUCACAGGAUUGGUGGUAUCGUAACUGUCUGCACGCUGUCUCCUGAGGGCAAUUACUCCUGCCCCACCUCCCUGCAGGGUGAGCAGGGGAAUGGACUGGGGCGUUUCGGGAGCACCAUCGCCGCCCUCAGAGACCUGAAUGGGGAUGGUCUGGCUGACGUGGCAAUCGGAGCCCCGCUGGAGGACGGACAUCAGGGCAGCAUCUACAUCUACCAUGGCACUGAGGGGGGCAUCGCCACCCACUACAGCCAGAGAGUCCCUGGGAUCUCCGUGUCCCCCGGUCUCAGCUACUUUGGCCGCUCGGUGUCCGGAACCAUGGACAUCAGCCAGGACGGGCUGACCGAUCUCGCCGUGGGAGCGCUGGGGAAGGUGGUCAUCCUGCGGUCUAGACCAGUGAUCGAUGUGACAGCCAGUGUGACACACAGCCCAGGAGAGAUCGCCUUGUGGAACUUCGUCUGUCCUGGGAGAUCUGUGGACCUGCAGACGGCUGUCAGCAACCUGUCCAUCUGUUUCAACGUGUCUCUGGCCACAUCUACAAAUAAAGGAGACCUCCGAGCCAACUUAACGUACAAUGUUAAGCUCGAUUCGAAGAGGCUCAUGCCCAGGGUUCAAACUGAGGACCUGGCCAGGGUUUUCACCGGACACCAGACUGUCACUAAUGACACUUACUGCUUCCAGCACCCACUCCUCCUCACGGCAUGCAUUGAGGACUAUCUCUCCCCCAUCGAAAUCCACAUCAACUUCUCCUUUACACCCCUCCCUGUGGAAGGGACCAAGGAACUCCAACCCAUCUUAAAUGAACAAUGUACUAGGAUGCUGACAGAGCUGCUCCCGGUAGAGAAGAACUGUGGUGUAGAUGACAAGUGUAUCGAUAAUCUCAACAUGGUGUUCCACCUGACAGGGAGGAAGAGGAUCCUGGUUGGGAACUCCUCGCUGCUCGAAGUGACCAUCACCCUGAGGAACCUGGGAGAAGAUUCCUACCGAACAAGGCUAACUCUUCACCACCCAACUGGCCUGCAGUUUCGCAAACUCACCAACCUCCAGACAACCCAAGUGGACUGCUCUUCUGAACACAACACAACCGGGAACCUAACACGGAAAUUUUCCUGUAACAUCAGUCAUCCCAUCUUCCGGAGUGAGUCGAUGGCGAUGUUUACCGUGAAUUUUGAAAUAUUGGACCGAGCGAGCUGGGGGAGCAAGGCGGUGAUUAAAGCCAUGGCUACCAGUGACAAUGAAGAGAGCGUCGCGGGACACAAUGUCCACAUGGAGACCAUUCCUGUACAGUACGGGGUGAAGAUCAUCGUAUCUAGAGUAUCGUGCACCCGUUAUAUAAGCUUUUGGGAGAGGCUGAAGGAGCAGAGGGAUGUGAAACACACAUACAAGGUGGAAAACCUCGGAACGAGGGACACCCCAGUCAACGUGACCUUUGAACUUCACCAGGGAGUGUCCGGCGUGGUCUGGUGGGAUGUCAAGAUGCCCAUCCCGAUACAUCCGGUGAAAGGCUGGGAUUGCGUGGAGGAGGCUGUCUCGGGACCGGGUGAGGGGAGGCGGAGUGGAGAACAUCCUGAGGGCAAGACUUCCACCCGUUGGACAAGAAUCUCUUGCAACACUCCCAUCCUGGAGCGCAACACUUCUGUUGAAUUCAACCUCGUUGGGAUCGCCCAUUCGUUUGGGGAGACGGUUACUACUGAAGUUAAACUGGGGAUGGAAAGCCUGGCUCAUAUCUCAUUGGACCAGGAGACAUUUGUUGACAUCUACUCUCCCACGAGCCAUUGGGCCCAGGCUCGGACUGAGAUCGAAUUCCGGGAAUAUUACAACAGUUUGCCACUGGUGAUUGGAGGCAGCGUGGGUGGGUUCCUACUCCUGAUCCUGAUCAUCAUUGCAUUUUACAAGUGUGGGUUCUUCAACCGCAAUUUCCGGGACAAGUUAUGUGACAGUGGAGAAGAGUUGAGCAGCCCUAUUUCCACAGCAGCAGUUGAGGGCCCCAUGCCAGACAGUCAGGAAAUACCGGAAUCCAGUGACUCUCUGAAGCUAACGGACGAGCCCACAUCAUAGAUAGCAGAGACUCUGACUGCAGGAAAUAGGCUCUUUCCUCAUCUUAAUUCGAUUCCCGGUCAUCUCAUUUCCUCCUGCCUCACUCCCUCCCACCA